UUGGCUUGCGCCGAUCACGUUUUGAUCUUUUUGCAAGAUAUGCACGAACUGGUUGCCCUUUUGAAUCUCGUCGAAAUCUAUGAUCAGGCAUCCAAUGCACGGGUCAACCGGGAUAAAACGGUUGCUGCCUCUCUAUCAGGCGCGGACCAGCCUCGCUGGCGCCGCUCUUUACUCUCAGCGGGUGUCACUUAA